AUGGAGAGAUCCGUAUCUCCCAAAGGUAAAGACCAAAGCAUUAGUCCAGACCGAAGAGUCAUAGAUUCAAGCCCAAUACGUGGGAAGGAAGACGGAUCAGACUAUGAAGGAAGCCCAAGAAAGAAUGGUAAUGAAAGUUAUAAGUUAACCCAUCUAUUGCAUUCUAUAAAGCAGACGCAGCAUCUUUCUGCUCAAACCACGCUCCUAAUAACAAUACCGACAAACAAAAACAAAAUCGCUAUUCUUGGAACUCAAGAAAUAAUAUCGGAGAACGCCGACGAUUCUUCAACCACUAAACCAAACAUCAAGAGGAAUAGCUCCGGAGAACUUGACGUCUUUGAAGCCACUCGGUACUUCUCCGACUUCAACGAACCAACAAUGGCCGAGAACUCAAGAAUCCAGAUUCAGAAACAGAGCACUGUUACAGAACUUCGACAGAAGAGAGUACACCCUGAGACAGAGACUAAACUCCCGGAACCUAGAGUCGUCAUCGUGAAGCCACAUGAGAAGGAGAUGAAGACACGUGGCGGCGGUGGGAAGAAGCUAACCAGCUUCUUGAACUCUCUUCUUCGUUCAGCAGGUUUGAAGAAGUUAAAGUCAAAGUCAACUCUAGAGGUGGAGAGUCCACGUGUAGAAAGAAGGAGGAGGCAUAGCUGCGUGGUGACCGUGACCACACACGCCGAAGAAGCUUCUUCUCCGAUCUCCGGUGCCGGCGCGUUGAAUUUACACUCGCGUAGGAGAAGCUUUGAUGAGAAUGAGAUAUACGUGAAAGGCUUAGGUUCGAAGUUUAACAUGAGGUUGUGUGAGAGUCUCUGCUCGGACAAGAAGGUUGAGUGUAAAGAUCGAAAAGGAGGAGAAGUUGAUGUAAAUGGUGGAUACGAAAGUGAUUCAGGUUCUGAUGAAUCUGAUCUUUUUGAGUUGGACUUGUUUGCCAAAUUAAACCCUUAAUUAAGAACGGUCCCAAAAAUGUAAUCCUGUAAUGUAAUCUUAUUAUGAAAAAUCUAAUAGUGAGUGGUUUGUAGACGAGGAAAAAAAAAGGGUAUGGACUUAAAAAUGGUGUUGUAGUCUUCCCUUGUCCUGCUUGAAUAGAAACAAAUGGAAUGAGGUGAUAGUUCAUGUCCUUCGUUCUGUAUAAAC